CGCCCCCGGGCCGGCUCCCUGCUCCCGGCCUGGUGCCCCGCCGCCCGCUGCCCCGGUUGUACAAGAUGGUGGGCGCUGCGCUGGCGCCGCUUGCCCGGCUGCUCCUGCUCUUGGUGUUGCCGGUCGCCGGGUGGCUGGCGACGAGCACCUCCGAGCCGCCGCUGUCGCGAGCCCCACAGGAUUGCAUCAGAAUUAAUGUCACUACAUUGAGAGAUGAUGGGGAGGUAUCUGAAGAACAGGUUGUUCUUAACAUAACGUAUGAGAGUGGACAGGUAUAUGUAAAUGACUUACCUGUAAAUAGUGGUGUAACCCGAAUAAGCUGUCAAACUUUAAUAGUGAAGGGUGAAAAUCUGGGAAACUUGGAAGAAAAAGAAUAUUUUGGAAUUGUCGGUGUAAGAAUUUUAGUUCAUGAGUGGCCUAUGACAUCUGGUUCCAGUUUGCAGCUAAUCGUCAUUCAAGAAGAGGUGGUCGAGAUUGAUGGGAAACAAGUGCAACAAAAGGAUGUUACUGAGCUUGAUAUUUUAGUUAAGAAUCAAGGAAUACUCAGACAUUCAAACUACACCCUUCCUUUGGAAGAAAGUAUGCUGUACUCUAUUUCUAGAGACAAUGACAUUCUAUUUACUCUUCCCAACCUCUCCAAAAAAGAAAGUGUUAGUUCUAGUUCCCUGCAGACCACCAGCCAGUACCUCAUCAGGAAUGUGGAAACCACUGUAGAUGAGGACGCCCUACCUGGCAAAUUACCUGAAACUCCUCUCAGGGCAGAACCUCCAUCUUCAUAUAAGGUGAGGUGUCAGUGGAUGGAAAAGUUCAGAAAAGAUCUGUGUAGGUUCUGGAGCAGUAUUUUCCCAGUAUGUUUUAUGUUUUUGAAAGUCGUGGUGGUUGGAAUUACAGGAGCAGCUGUGAUAAUAACCAUCUUAAAGGUGCUUGUCCCAGUUUCUCAAUACAAAGGAAUUCUUCAGUUGGAUAAAGUAAAUGUGUUUCCCGUGACAGCUAUCAACUUAUACCCAGAAGGUCCUGAGAAAACAGCAGAAAACCUUGAAGAUAAAACGUGUAUUUAAGACAUCAUUUCAAAUCAUGGACUUUGAAUUAGUCUAUUGGCCCCAGACUUGCCACUUAAAUAUAAUUUUUUAAAAUCAUUAAGAAUCAGUUUAUACACUAGAGAAACAGCUAAACUUAAGACUGCCUGGAAAUUGACCUUUACAGUGCCAAAUUAAUCUAACUCUAUAAAAGGGCUAUUGAGACUAUGGACUGUUAACGAAAAUGUAAACAAAGUGGAAGAGAAGACCUAUGGAGAGACUUUAAAAUUACCAGAAAAGGAAAAAUAACAGGCAAGACAAAAUGCCUUGUGCCAAUAACUCUUUAAGGUGCCUUUGUUAUGGAAAUUAUAUCCACUUAAUUACUAUAAUAUAUAAGACUUCAUGAAAAAGCACUUUAUGGAAUUCUAAUUUAAAAGCUCAAGAACUUAACACUUAUUUUUUUAUUGAGUACACUGUGCCUUUAUAUUAAGUAUGUGACUCAGUAUAAAAAUCACUGAAGUUUAUCAUGAUACAAUUGUAUCCUGUACCAAGGACUUACCUUAAACACACUAGGAUUUAAAAGGAGCAGUGACAUGUUCUCACUCUAAAAUAAACUUUUUUUGAGGAAUAA